CAGUGUCAAGAUGGUGGUGCUGUCCAAGGAAUACGGCUAUGUGGUCCUGACUGGUGCUGCCAGUUUUAUUUUGGUAACGCACCUUGCAAUCAAUGUUGGGCGAGCACGCAAGAAGUAUAAUGUGGAGUACCCAGUCAUGUACAGCACGGACCCUGAAAAUGGACAUAUCUUCAACUGUAUCCAGAGAGCGCAUCAGAACACGCUGGAAGUAUACCCCUCUGUCCUGUUCUUUCUUGCCACAGGUGGCGCCUACUACCCACGUGUCGCUGCGGGGCUGGGUGCCGCGUGGAUCAUUGGGAGACUGCUCUUUGCCCACGGCUACUACACAGGAGAUCCCAAAAAGCGGAACCGAGGGGCCAUUGGCUCAUUUGCCCUCCUGGGCUUGGCAGGGACUUCCCUGUAUGCGGCUCUGCAACACCUUGGCUGGACCAACCGUGUCUAGACCGCCUUUUGCCACUCCAGCAGCUCCCUAAGACGUUUCUUGGGCUUGGAGUCCUUCAAGACUGAAAUUCACUUCUGAAGUGACUUUUGUAAAAUAUAUAUAUAUAAAUAAAAAAACAAAAUGAA